AUGUUGUGUUUACUGUGGCGAUUGGCUCAGCUCAUGGCUUUCCCCGAGAAGAUUGCGAAAUCUGUGGGAGUUACCGACGGUCUCCACCACCUCAACCUCUCGUCUGCUGAUGAAUGUCGAGGUGUUCCGCGUCCUGGACUUGCAUUUUUCUUAGAGAAACCCGAAGCCACCUCCUCAACACUGUCAAACCUCACCAUUGAGGACGGUGAACGUGUUGCAACUGUUGGUGUCUGGGACUCUGGCAGAUCCACUAUCGCCUGUCUCUUCCGACGUCUCCAUGAACCUGCCUUCGCGAGGCCUUCGUCCACUCUGGCUGCCGUUCGCGAUCUGCGCAAAGCGCUUGGGGAAGACAUCACAUCCAUUGAUAUAACGGUCACUACUAUUGACCCUGGGACGAACUUUGACUCCGCAUUUAUGGUCAAUGGAUGGCCGACUUUGACAAGAGAGAACACGUUAGGGACCGUUAGUGGAACUACUGGCCUGGGGCUGAAGAAAGUCAUGGCGCCCGGGCCAUUCACAGCAGGUGUCAGCCUCGCACCCAAUGCUGAUGUUAUUUACCGGCCAAAGCACUUAUUUGGCACCAAGCUGAUGAUCGUUACGUGUCCAGGUCACUCUUCAAAUUCCGAGUCGAUGCCCACAAAUAACAAUUCUAAGUCAUCAGCUGAACGCCGCAGCGCUGAAUCUCAGGGACGAGAUUUAUCUGAUGCAGAGAACGUAGACGCCGACGGUGAUUCCAUCGACGAGUACGGCGAGGGCGACGACAUAUACGAAGACGCCAGGACGAUCGAUCAUCGCCGGCGGAAAGCUGAUCUCAGGAUGGGCUUUAAGGAGUCACUCACUCAGGAGGAAUAUGAGAUUCUUUGUGAUCGUCGUCGACAACAGCAGCUGCUCGAGGUGGCUCCAGGCAAUAGCGCCAAAGCCUGGCAGCCGCUCCACCACUGCCAUGAGAAGGCCUCUAACAUAAAUUUGGACCAUCAUUACAGGAAAUUAUGGAAUCGCGCGAACGCACAGUCGGAGGAGCUGCAGAGAACUCAGCAUCAGGUUCACGGCUUACUGGACGAUAACCGGAGCUUGACGCACGAACUUGAGGCUGCUAAAAUGCAGCUUGCGGAUGCGAAGACGCUUUCGGAGGUUAGAGGCAAGGAGUUGAAGGAGUUGAAGGUCGACACCACAGAUGUUGACCAGGAGGCUAAUGAGGAGGAGCACUGGGAUAUGCCGGGGGGUUCUGACAUUCUCUUGACUGCUGCUGCCAUUCAAAUGGUAGAUGUUUUGAAUGUGGAGGUACGUCGAGUGGCUUCUGUGCUGGGCAAGGUAUUGCAAAAGACAAAGUUCGAGGAGGGGCACCGCCAGAGCAUACAGAUCACUGAGAAAGCUAAAUUGAUGCUUGGGGAGAACAUGGUGGCUCUUCUUUCAGCAGGGGUACCGGAAAGGGCAAGAGUCGAUCCCCUUUUCGUGCAAGUUGUGUUGCAGGUCGCAAUCAUAAAUUGGUGCAAAAUCAACAUUUCCUCAUGGAAACCAGGAAAUAGUGAUGUUUCGAACUCGUUGGUUGAACUUUACUCUAAAAUUCGGCAAGUUGAUAUAUCUUUCUUUUCAGAGGAUCCAACGUUCUACCAUCGUUGGCGAUCAGUAACUUGGGCACAACUGGAAUUUUCAUCCAGUGGCUGGUCCCAAGAUCUUUUGGAUGGGUUGCUAGAUAUUUUUGCCUUUGCUAGAUGGCUAACUCCAAAUGCAAACCAGAAAACCCUCUUUGAGGAACAGUUCCCGCCUAUUUUCAACGCCAUCCGCGACCUGCGGAAGGCGCUUGGGGAAGACAUCACGUCCAUUGAUAUUGAGGUCGCUACUAUUGACCCAGGGAUGACCUUCGACUCCGCAUUUAUGGAUAAUGGCUGGCCGACUUUGAUGAAAGAGAACACAUUAGAGAUCGUUAGUGGAACCACCAGCCUGGGGCUGAAGAAAGUCAUUAUGAAGCCAUCCACAGAGGGUAACAGUCUCGCACCCAAUGAAGAUGUUAUUUGCCGGCCAAAGGUCAUUCUCGGCGAGCGCACUGUGCAAGAGGCCCUGGUGCCACCCUCGUCGAGGGCACAGAGAAAGGGACUGCCGAAAAGAGGAGCGGCUUCAGGAAAUGGUCGAGGCUAA